UUCGGAAGUUCCCCAUAAUAAAUGGCGGAUUGUAUCAGAAAGAAGUAAAAAUGUUGUUAUUGGAGCCUGUAAAGGCUGCUAUCUGGGAUUCAUUAAAUCAUUAUGCCUAUGCUGAUGCAACAUUCUUAGCAGAAAGACUGUUUGCUGAAGUCUCUAACAAUGAAGCCCUGUACCUGCUUGCCACAUGUUACUACAGAUCUGGACAUAUAAUGCAGGCCUAUGGUCUACUCCAGAAACAGGGCUGCCCCACUCCACAGUGUAAAUACCUCAUGGCACGCUGUUGUAUGGAUAUAGGGAAAUUAUCUGAAGCUGAAGAAGUUCUGACAGGGAAUAUAUUCUCUAAAGCAAAAAGUGUGGAUGAAAUAGAAACAGAGUUUGGGAGCAUGUCCUGUCAUGCUCUCUCUAUUCUUGGUGCUAUUUUUAGUAAAACAGAAAGAAUUUCAAAAGCUGCCGAGUGUUACAAGAAAUCUCUUAAAUUAAAUCCACUAUUGUGGUCAGGAUUUGAAAGGUUGUGUUCACUAGGUGACAAAUCUGAUCCAGUUCAAGUCUUUCAAGCUCCUACUCAGAGUCAGUCCACACCGGUCAUGCAGUUGACAGAAGUACCUAGCACUGUGACAACCUCCACUACCGUCAAGGCCCCGAUCCCCAUUCUGAAGGUCACUGAUGUCCUUACCCCGGUGUUAGACGGCCCCCAAGCUUGUACAGAGGUCGACACAAAUGUCCUAGAAACCCCUCAGCCCUUGCCCCCUUCUGUCUCCCAAAUCUCAGUCACCCCCGAGAAUUUCCUUGAGGAAGCCCCUGCCAACAUCUUCGGUUGUCCGCGCACAAAGAAGAAAGUCAAGCCUCGCACUGAGAAUGUGAUGAUGAGUGACCAGUCAGUCCAGAAAACCCUCUUUCACAGUCCUCUUACACCCAGUUUUGGUCUUUUACCAAUCACUCCCUCAGCAGAUCAACCACGGGUUGGUUUGCCCUUUUUUACUCCAUCCCCUCCAGUCAACUGCCAGGCAGACCUUCAGGCUCCAAAAAAGCCAGUAACUAGAAGAAAUCAGAAUGCACUGCCAAUAAAGCCUCCAGUAUUUAAUGUCAACAAUGGGACUAACAACACGAGAGAACCAACCUCAGCCUCCAACAAUGCCUCAAGGGAACCAGCUGUAGGAAUUCAGAACAAUCCGCCUCCAGUCAGAAGAAGUUCACGAUUGUUUGGUAGUAAUAACUCUAGUUCUGUAAAGGAAAAUAACAAAAGCCAGGGAAAUAAAUCAAGGUUUCAGUCGACUCGAACCCUAGGAAGGAAAUCUAAAACAAAGAACACUAAAUCUCAAGAGCUCAGUAUCGAGAGGAAGCCCGAGUUAGACAUCAAACCGGUGAUCAACCCUGAGGUUCCAACACAGACAGAGAUAUUCCAAAUGCAGCAACAGUCACUUACGGGUAUACUAAACCUUUUGCAAUGCAUUGGACGGGCUAUUCAGGCAUUAUCACAGUUUGAGUGUAAAAAGGCCAUAGAGACAUUUCAAGAACUACCUUUGCACCAGUACAAUACUGGCUUUGUGCGGAGUAAGAUUGGCAGAGCAUAUUUUGAACUGGCAGAUUAUUCCCAGGCGGAGAAAUACUUUUCUGAUAUGAGGCUGCAAGAACCCUAUUACUUUGAGGGCAUGGAGAUAUACAGUACUGCUUUGUGGCAUCUCCAGAAGGAAGUGGAGCUAUCUGCACUAGCUCAGGAGUUAUCUGAUCUGGACAAAAAUUCGCCACAGGCAUGGUGUGUUACUGGAAACUGUUUUAGUUUACAAAAAGAACAUGACACAGCAAUUAAAUUUUUCCAGAGGGCCAUCCAGAUUGACAGUGGAUUUGCCUAUGCCUACACUUUAUUGGGUCAUGAGUAUGUGUUUACUGAAGAACUGGAUAAGGCCAUGUCCUGCUUUAGGAAUGCCAUUCGAGUUGACUCAAGGCAUUAUAAUGCAUGGUAUGGUGUUGGAAUGAUUUAUCAAAAACAAGAGAAAUUUAGUCUGGCAGAAGUUCACUUCAGGAAAGCCCUUAGUAUCAACCCCAAGAGUCCUGUCCUUCUCUGUCAUAUAGGAGUUGUUCAACAUGCGCAACAGAAAUCAGAGAAGGCACUUAUAACCCUAAAUAAUGCUAUUUCCAUUGAGCCUAAAAACCCACUGUGUAGAUUCCACAGAGCCUCUAUCCUCUUCUCCAGUGAUAAACACAAGGAGGCCUUAACAGAAUUAGAGCAAUUAAAACAGAUUGUCCCUAAAGAAUCUCUCGUAUAUUUCCUCAUUGGGAAGGUUCAUAAAAAACUGGGUAAUACACAUUUGGCAUUAAUGAACUUUUCAUGGGCAAUGGAACUUGAUCCCAAAGGUAUCAAUAACCAAAUCAAGGAAGCCAUCGACAAACGCUAUGCCACAGAUGAAGACGAGAGUCAGAUAGAUGAUUCUGUUUUACUGAGAAUGGAGGAGCAUGUUGAUGAAGCUUCGGGAGAAUUUCAGUUACAUGCCACAGAAAGCGAUGAAAGUUUAUGAUAAUCAACCGUAGGAGAAAGG